AUUUGGACAAAAGAGGAAAAAGAAAUAAACUGGCCAAUUCAAGUCUUUGACGCUGAAUAAAAUAAAAGCAGCAUCAUUUGACUGCUACAAAUUUAAGCCUUGGAGACCCACUGAACCACACACUCGGACAACCUUAUCAAGAAAUUAGUUUGUUCAUCUGGUAAUAAUAUUUUCCAGCUUCAACUUAAAAUUCGAUCCAAAAUCCAUAUUAGUUGGGAAAAUUAAUGGCCACUACAGAGCAUAGUACGUUGGAAGUUUAUUGUGUUGCAACUGCUGAUACAAAGCUUCAAGAACUCCAGUUUCUAGCUGAGUCCGUUCAAUCCCUUCUUCAUAAGUUUCGGAGUAGUUUUUCUUCAUUAAAGGAGGUAACAGUUACAGUGAUCGACGUGUCAUCCGGUCCGAAAGAAGUCACCAACUGCAGUAACUUCAAAUUCGUAUCAAGAGCGACUGUCCUUUCUGCCGCACAACUCGACACAAUACUUCCAAACGAUAGAGGAGAAGCCGUAGGCAUCAUGAACAAGGCUCUCGACAAAAUGCUUCGGAAAUCCCAUGCAAACGGACUUCUCACCGGAGUCAUCGGGCUCGGUGGCUCGGGUGGGACCUCUUUACUCUCAUCCGCUUUUCGGUCUCUUCCUAUGGGAGUCCCUAAAGUCAUCGUGUCCACCAUGGCUAGUGGAGACACGUCGCAUUACGUUGGGACGUCGGAUUUGGUUUUAUUCCCGUCUGUGGUGGAUAUUUGUGGGGUUAAUAGAGUGAGCGAGAUUGUGCUAACCAAUGCUGCGGCUGCUUUUGUAGGGAUGGUGAUGGGUCGGUUGACGAGUUUUGAUGGGUCGGUUGGUGGUUGUAAUAAGGUUGAGAAGGCUAUGGUUGGUAUAACGAUGUAUGGGGUCACGACUCCUUGUGUUAAUGUUGUUAGAGAGAGAUUGGAGCGCGGAGGUUACGAGUGCUUGGUUUUUCAUGCAAGUGGGGUUGGAGGGAAGGCUAUGGAGGGUCUUGUUAGAGAAGGGCUCAUACAGGGUGUUUUGGACAUUACAACGACUGAGGUUGCUGAUUAUAUCGUGGGAGGAAUUAUGGCUUGCGAUAGUUUCCGAUUUGAUGCCAUAUUAGAGAAGAAGCUACCUCUUGUUCUAAGUGUAGGGGCGCUGGAUAUGGUGGCUUUAGGUCCUAAAGAAACCAUACCCUCUAAAUUUCAACAAAGAAAGCUUCAUAAGCACAAUGAGCAGAUAACGAUAAUGAGAACUACAAUGGAAGAAAAUAAGAAGUUUGCAGCGUUUAUAGCGAACAAGUUAAACAAGUCAUCGUCACAAGUUUGUGUGUGUCUGCCCAAACUGGGAGUCUCUGCCAUGGAUGCACUUGGCAAAGCGUUCCAUGACCCUGAUGCGACCGGUGUUCUUAUACAGCAAUUGCAAUGCCUAAUUGAAACAAGUAAAGAUCGUCAGGUGAAAGUGUUUGAAAACCAUAUCAAUGAUCUGGAAUUUGCUAAUGCAUUGGUGGACUCGCAGUCAGCCAUCAAUUGCAUUUCCAUUGGAAUCGGGAAAAAAAAGCAUCACGUCUUCUGCAUCGGAACUGCUGAUACAAAGUUUGAGGAACUUCGAUUCCUUGCCCACUCUGUUCGAUCCAAUCUCCAACUCUUUUCAGCUCACCCUUCAGCAAAGGUGUUAGUUGUGACAGUCAUAGAUGUCUCAGUUAGCGAAAAAGAAGUCACAAAUUUCGAAGAUUUCAGAUUUGUGACGAGAAAAGAAGUCCUCUCUUGCUUACAGCAACACGAAGCCCUUCUUCCAGAUGAUAGAGGCAGAGCCAUUGCCGUUAUGAGCAAAGCACUUCAGAUCUUCAUCAGUAAAUAUCAUGCUGACCGUGUUCUUGCUGGAGUUAUAGGUCUUGGGGGGAGUGGAGGAACAUCUUUAAUGUCGUCAGCCUUUAGGUCUCUUCCUGUUGGGAUCCCAAAAGUGAUUGUGUCGACUGUAGCUAGUGGCCAGACUGAACCCUAUAUUGGAACAUCUGAUUUGGUGUUAUUUCCAUCUGUGGUGGAUGUUUGUGGCAUUAACAGCGUGAGUAGGGCUGUGUUUUCGAAUGCUGGUGCUGCUUUUGCUGGGAUGGUGAUUGGAAAUCUUGAAAUGUUGAAAAAACCCACUGCUGGUGAUGGUGGUGAGAAGGGCACAAUCGGUAUAACUAUGUUUGGGGUUACCACUCCAUGUGUCGAUGCUGUAAAGGAGAGAUUGAGUCGAGAAGGGUAUGAGACUUUGGUUUUUCAUGCUACUGGGGUUGGGGGGAGAGCUAUGGAGGAUCUUGUUAGAGGAGGAUUUAUACAGGGUGUAUUGGAUAUCACAACAACUGAAGUGGCUGAUUAUAUAGUUGGAGGAGUCAUGGCAUGUGAAAGUUCCCGUUUUGAUUCCAUGUUAGAAAAGAAGAUACCUUUAGUUCUCAGUAUUGGAGCAUUGGACAUGGUGAACUUUGGACCAAAGGAUACCAUACCCUCGAAAUUUCAGGACAGGAAGAUUUAUGAACACAAUGACCAGGUUACACUAAUGCGAACUACAGUAGAGGAAAAUAAAAAAAUUGCUGCAUUUAUUGCGGAAAAGUUAAAUAAGUCAUCUUCUAAGGUUUGUGUUUGCCUACCAAAGAUGGGUGUCUCAGCAUUGGAUGCACCAGGCAAGGCCUUCUAUGACCCUGAUGCUACUGGUGCUCUUGUAGUUGAAAUGCAGAGGCUAAUUGAGACAAAUGAAAAUCGAGAGGUCAAAGUUUUCCCACAUCACAUUAACGACAUGGAGUUUGCUAAUGCACUAGUUGACUCGUUCUUGGAGAUCUCUAUGAACUUAAAGUGUAAUCAGAGUCCAGCUACAGUUGAAUAUCCCCAAGGCUCUGAGAGUAAAACUCUUGACAUAAGUUCAAGGACCAUUCCUGUUUCAUAUAGCUUGAGCCACUUUCCUGAUGCAAAACCAGAAACACUAGAGAGGAGACAUAAUAUACUACAUCAAUUGAUGUAUCGAAUCCAAGAGGGGAAGCCUAUUAUUGGUGCCGGAGCUGGGACAGGCAUAUCUGCCAAGUUUGAGGAAGCUGGUGGAGUUGAUCUGAUUGUCGUGUACAACUCGGGACGCUUCAGGAUGGCAGGAAGAGGAUCUUUGGCAGGCUUACUGCCAUUUGCUGAUGCAAAUGCAGUUGUACUUGACAUGGCCAACGAGGUGUUGCCUGUAGUAAAACAAGUCCCUGUUCUAGCUGGAGUAUGUGCUACUGACCCAUUCCGAAGGAUGGAUUUCUUCCUGAAGCAACUCGAGUCUACUGGAUUUGCAGGGGUGCAAAAUUUUCCAACUGUUGGGCUAUUUGACGGUAAUUUCAGACAAAACUUAGAAGAGACAGGAAUGGGAUAUAGUUUGGAGGUUGAGAUGAUAUCAAAGGCUCAUAAAUUGGGCCUCCUGACAACCCCAUAUGCUUUUAAUGAAGAAGAAGCAAUAGAAAUGGCGACAGCUGGCGCUGACAUAAUCGUGGCGCACAUGGGGCUUACAAUGUCUGGUUCGAUUGGUGCAAAAACAGCUGUCUCGAUUGAGGAAAGUGUAACUCGUGUACAAGCUAUUGCAGAUGCUGCUCGAAGGAUUAAUCCAGAUGCUAUUGUAUUGUGUCAUGGAGGUUCUAUAUCUGGCCCCAGUGAUGCAGAAUAUGUAUUGAAGAGAACUAAAGGAGUUAAUGGAUUCUAUGGUGCAUCCAGUUUGGAGAGGCUGCCAGUUGAACAAGCAAUAACAAAUACGUUGUUAGUUGAGCCUGUUAAAUACUAUGCUACUAUUAGCUCUUUUAAUACAUUAAUUUGUCAAAAAUGUUACACUAAUAACGAGAUGUGGGAUAUAAAAUUCGGAUUAUUUUUGUUUAUCGCAGAUUAUCGAUUAGACACAGGUCGAAUACAUGUAAAUCUCAUAUCAACACAUAAAGAUGAAAUGAAUUAUAAUUGCAACAAACAAACCAACCCUACACAGUACAAAUAUACCUUUACCGAAUCAGACUUUGAAGAGAACCGCAUUGGUUUGUUGUACCCAAUACUCAUUGCAUUCUUCCAUAUGGCUGUCCUUCUCAUUCCCCAUCAUCUUUACAGUAAAAGCUAA